AUAGUUCCUUUAGUAUUCGUUGACAAUCGAUGGCGCAUACACUCGCGAGAGCUGCGCUGGAAAAGUACGAGCCACCGUGCAUCGUUUAUCACACUGAUACCAGCUGACUUGCAGACGGCCAGGAGACAGGCAUUCUCUGUGAAAUUCCCAUCAACGAAGUUACUAAACGGUGGACAAUAUCGUGACGACGAUUUUCAUCUACUUGAAAAAGCAAACUUAAAUAGACAGCUCAAGGCAAGAAACAAUGGCGAUACAGGGCUACAUACUGAACAGUGGCCAAGGCCCCUACGUCCCGAACAUUUCCCUGCAGGAACACAUACUGAACAUGUUUCGGAAGGACCUCGACCGCACCACGAUGAUAGACGUUGACACUGGAACAUCCUACACGUCCAGGUAUCUCCUCGAGGCGUCUGUGAGACUGGCGCACGCCUUAAAAACUUAUGGCGUCGAAAUGGGAGACAGAAUUUCUAUAGCCAGCGACAAUCAUCCUAAUUACGUGGUGGCUGGAAUCGCGAUACUGUCUGCUGGCGGUAUCUACGCGCCCUUGAAUCCGGCUUACACGGAAAGGGAAUACAGGCACAUGUUAGACAUCAUUGAACCCCGUGUGAUGUUCGUGUCGCGGAGGUGCGAGGCGAUUAUGGCAAAGAUCGCGCCGACCCUGAAAUCGAAGAUGCACAUAAUCCAAAUCGAAGACGAAGCCGUCGACAGCAAAUUCCCAAGGAUCAAGCAACUGGUGGAAAAAUAUAAGAACGCGGUGGACCCUUACACCUUCAUGCCGUUGCCAAUCGAUGACAACACUAAAAGAGUAGCACUAAUCAUGGCGUCCAGUGGAACCACAGGCUUCCCUAAGGGUGUGGCUUUGUCUCAUCAGAACAUGCUGACAUUCAUCAGCAACUUUCGACAGCCGCAUCUAUUCGACUGCAGAAAGGACGAUCAACUUAUCAACUUCUUGCCGUUGUUCCACGGCUACUCGUUUGGUAUAUUUCUGUUAGCAGUAUCCAAUGCCGCGUGUAUUUGUCUAAUGAGACGAUUCAAUUUGGAGACGCUUUUGCAAUCCAUCGGAAAAUACAAGAUCACGCACAUGCCUUUGGUGCCGCCGGUGCUUGUGCAGAUUGCGAAACACCCGCAAAUUACAAAGUACAACUUCGACAGCGUCAGGGAAGUACUCUGCGGUGCUGCGCCCCUUCCCAAAGACAUGGCGGACGAAGCCUGCAAACGAAUAAAAUGCCCGAGCAUCCGCAACGGCUACGGCAUGACAGAGCUGUCGAUCGUCACUAACCUAAGCUCCAGAGAUUGCGGCAACGAGAAUGACAACGUUGGCCCCCUGACACCCGGCAUGCUCUGCAAAAUAAUAAAUCCGGAGACGGGCGAGGUGCUGGCUCCGGGUGAAAUCGGCGAGGUGUGCUUCAAGGGCGACCACGUGAUGCUGGGCUACUUCAAAAAUCCCAAGGUCACGGCCGAGACCAUCGACAAGGACCAAUGGUUGCAUACCGGGGACCUGGGCUACCUGAACACCGACGGGAUAUUGUACAUUUCCGGCCGAUUGAAAGAACUGAUUAAGUACAAGGGCUACCAGGUCUCACCUUCGGAAAUCGAGACGCUGAUUCAGUCGCAUAGCGGUGUCAAGGACGCCGCUGUCAUCGGCGUGCCUCAUCCUGAGAGCGGGGAGGUGCCUAUGGCGUUCGUAGUCAAGCAGCCGAACAGCAUGGUCACCGCCGAGGAGAUUAUUGCCUUCAAUAACAAGAACUUUUCACCUCAGAAAUGGCUGAGGGGUGGUGUGCGGUUCGUCGAUGCCAUAUCGAAAACUCCAUCGGGCAAGAUUAUACGACGAGAGUUACUAAAUUUGGUCUCCAAAAUGUGAAACAGUUCCUCUGUCCGCCCGAUCGAUUGUAGCGUUUAUUAGAAUUUCUGCCGUGUACGUACGUGUGUUCACACUAUUUUUGUAUAUUUUAUAUCGAUAAAUGAACACCUACUA